GGCGGAGCCGCCCCGCCCUCGUGCCGGAAGAGGCCCCGGGGCGGCGGGAGCGCUUCCGGGGCAGCGCUGGAGGCGGCGGCGGCCCGGCAGCGCCAUGACGUCGCUCCGCGCCUUCACCUGCGACGACCUGUUCCGCUUCAACAACAUCAACCUGGACCCGCUGACGGAGACCUACGGGAUCCCCUUCUACCUGCAGUACCUGGCGCACUGGCCCGAGUACUUCAUCGUGGCGGAGGCGCCCGGCGGGGAGCUGAUGGGUUACAUAAUGGGUAAAGCAGAAGGCUCUGUGGCUAGGGAAGAAUGGCAUGGACAUGUUACUGCUCUCUCUGUUGCACCAGAAUUUCGACGGCUGGGUUUGGCUGCCAAGUUGAUGGAACUAUUGGAAGAAAUCUCAGAAAAAAAGGGCGGAUUUUUCGUUGAUCUCUUUGUGAGAGUAUCAAAUCAGGUUGCAGUAAAUAUGUAUAAGCAACUAGGCUACAGUGUGUACCGGACAGUGUUAGAGUACUAUUCUGCUAGCAAUGGAGAGCCUGAUGAGGAUGCUUAUGAUAUGAGAAAAGCUCUUUCCAGAGAUACGGAGAAGAAAUCUAUUAUACCUCUUCCUCAUCCUGUGAGACCAGAAGACAUUGAGUAACUGUAAACUGUGAUUCUCAGGCAACAUGCUAAGAAUUUUGGGUUCCCUCUCUGCCUGCCCCCCAAAACCUUACGGAUGAGAAAGCAUAGCCUCAAUGUUUUUUCCCAUGAAAUACCAAAAGCAAUAUUGAGAAGUUUACUUACACUGCCUUUACUGGUAAUAGCUGCAUACUUUUGCACUUCCCCUAGUGAGUUUUCUUUUCAAAUAUUGGUAAUGCAGAGACUAUUAAAUGGAAUCACCUGGUGACAUGGUGCACGGAGUGUUUUUUUUCUCAGAUCAAAAAUAACUGGUCAGUAAUAGUAAAACUCCUAAAAAUGCCAUUAUUCAUGACCAAUAAAAAUAUGAUUGUACAAUACCCAGGAAAAGGAGCAAGGGGAGGUAGUGUAUUAAUAUUUUCAUAGAAAAGAUACCUGUUACAGAUAAUUUGGAUGUUUUCUUUCAAUUUUUGUGGCACAGGGAUCGGCUGAACUUAGGUUCACGCUCAAUUUGGAAAAGCCAGGCAAAUAAAGAAGUCAAGGCUUUGCAUCUACUGUGGACCUGAUUCAAGACCAGUUCUGGGUAUCAUACAUAACCUUAACAUGCUGCGUCCACUGAAGUAAGCCACAUGGUCUCACCAAAGGCUUUUGUGGGCACAAUGUGUAUUAUGUGCACGAUGUACCAUUUGUACCAUUUGGCGGGGCCAAAUGGUAUAUGAGCCCCAGGCAAGCCAUGAGGGAGCUCAUUCUGCCUGGGCUGCACUUUGGGGGCAGAAGCAGCUCCCCGCCGCUAGGACCCCUGCGGGGUUUGUUGCCGAGCGAAGGUGGCGCACCGGCUACACCGAGGAAAGCUGCAGCUGGUGUGCUGCAGCCGCGGGUUUUCCAGGAGAAAGAGCAGCCCGACUGUCCCAGCUGUCCGGGCUCGUGUGCGUCCGUUUGCCUUGUCCCGAUGGCUGGUGUAGACGAUCGCUCACGUGCCCCAAAGCUCCUUGUGCUGAUGUUGGAUGUGCCCCUCGGCAAAGGACCGCAUCCCGUGUGUUCAGCUUUUCUUCCUUACCGUGUCGUACGUAUAUAGGAGAAAAGCUCUUUCCAGAGAGAUGGAGAAGGAAUUAAUUAUACCUCUGCCUCAUCCUGUGAGACCAGAAGACAAUGACUGACUAACUGUAAGCUGCGAUUCUCAGGAGUCGCAUGGCUGAGAGUCUCGGGUUCCUUCUCUGCCUGCCCCCCAGGGCCUUAGGCAUGAGAAAUCUUAGGCUUAAUGUUUUUCCCUAUGAAAUACUGUCGCGUUAAGGGGCAUAGCUGACUAACUGUUACGGUUCUGGUCGGAUUCAGGGUACUGAACUGUCACGGUCACGGGUUCACCUAAAUAACGUAGCACACCCUCGCUCUAGUCGCGUUCAAUGAGAACUGUCACGGCUAGGAACAAUGCACUGAACAGCAAUUUAUUACAGCAACAAGGACACAGGUUCUUUGGAUCGCCGGCGGUAAAUUCACUGUCCGCGAAAGCAAGCGAGCACGCGUGCUCAGCGCUCAGUGGUCGCACCUUGGAGGCACGGAGCUUUUGGGAUGGAGGUGUGUUUUGAUCUUAUGAUGAUACUAGAAUGAGCAAAAGUUCCCUAGAGUACAGUGUUUUGUUAAAAACAUGACAGGUCGUUGGCUCAGGGUAGCAAACGUGCAGCUUAUCCGUCUCAGUGUGCACAAGAGCAUCGGGUCCCCAUCUGGUCGCAGAGCCUAUCCGUGGUGUUUCCACUCCGCCUUACGCUCCGUCCUGUUCCUUAGAGUCAGCACACCGCGUUCCCCUGGUGCGAUAGCAUGUGAAGUUGGAGGCCUAGGGAACGCUUAGGUAGCGCAGCUGCCCUCCACCCUGAAAGCUUCUUCAGUGCUGUACGCUUUCUUUAAAAGGUGAAUAUGAGUUUAAUUGGCCUAGUUACUUCAGGCAAUUACUCCGCAACUACCCAAAGCAGCGAUAGUGAGAAGCCCACUUCCAGCAUCCGCUCCCCACGCAGGGACGGACGGGUGGACAGACGGACGCCGCUCUUUGCCUUGCCCGCCAGGGGAAGGGGAGAACGACCGGGCAGGGAGCCCCACCGCAGCCCCCCUCCCGGGAGUCCUGCACAGCAGUUUAAUAAAGUUUGCUUUCCGGCCCGUG